UUAUUCUAGCUUCCUGAAGUAUACACUCCAGUCCUUGAACACCUAGUUGUGGUACAGAUUGAUAGCUUUCCACAGUACAGUGAAAAAAUGCAGUCAGCCUGUUGCAGAUCCAUAGUAAAGAUAUUCCUAGCCCUGACAGGAAAAGGACCAAUUCUCUGGAGUUUUAUUAGCACUGUAGUGCAUCAAGGAUUAGUCAGAAUCUUUUCCAAGCCAAUCACGUUUUCAAAGGAAUAUUUUGGGAAAAAGAAGACUUCUGGAUCAGAAGAGUCUGCAGCAGCUGAGGAAGUUGGAGCAGGGAAAUGGAAAGUACCAACAUAUAAGGACUAUCUGUAUCUCUUUAGAAGUCUACUCAGUUGUGACACAAUGAAGGAAUCUGUUUUGGAAGAUGAAAACUUUCUGGCCUCCAGUUCAGCGCUGAAGUCCCUCAGUCGUUUAUUAUACGAUGAACUUAUAAAAUCUGUUUUGAAGAUUAUUGAGAAGUUGGACCUGACUGUGCAGAAACUGCAAGUUAACGAACAGGAUGAAACUGAAACUGAGAGUGCUUUGGUUGUGCCUACUUCUGACCCCGCUUCAAACCUUCAGCCAACAAAGCCUACAGACUUCAUUGCCUUUAUUAAUUUAGUGGAAUUCUGCAGAGAGAUACUUCCAGAGAAGCAUGUUGAAUACUUUAACCCUUGGGUGUAUUCCUUUGGUUACGAACUUAUUGUACAGUCAACAAAACUACCUCUUAUUAGUGGAUUCUACAAGCUGCUUUCUGUUGCAAUGAAGAUUGCAAAGAAAAUAAAAUACUUUGAGGGUGUCAGUCCGAAAGGUUUUAAGAAAUGUGCUGAAGACCCAGAAAAAAGUUCUUGCUUUGCCCUAUUUGUGAAGUUUGGAAAAGAGGUUACAGCAAAAAUGAAACAGUAUAAAGAUGAGUUGUUGGCAUCCUGUCUGACUUUUUUGCUCUCUUUACCUCCUGACAUCAUCAUGCUUGAUAUCAAAGCAUAUAUUCCUGCACUGCAGAAUGCGUUUAAGCUGGGCCUUAGCUGUAUCCCAAUGGCUGAUCUGGGACUGGAUGCUUUGGAAGAGUGGUCAGCUCACAUUCCCAAACAUAUAAUACAACCUUACUACAAGGAUGUUCUGCCUCUUCUGGACGGUUAUUUGAAAAUCUCCACAUCUGCAGCUGAACCACAGAAUAACUGGGAAGUAAGGAAACUUUCUCGAGCAGCCCAGAAGGGAUUUAAUAAAGUUGUGAUACAGCAUUUAAGAAAAGCAAAGACCUCAUUGGAUGGGGAUCCUUCCUUGGAAGCAAUAAGGACCAGAGUGGCACGUCUUCUUGGAUCUUUGGGAGGGCAGAUCAACCACAAUUUAAUUACAGCUACCCCUGCGGAAGAGCUGAUGAAGAAAUGUGUAUCGUGGGACACCGAGAAGCGUCUGAGCUUUGCUGUGCCGUUUGCAGACAUGAAGCCAGUCAUCUACUUGGAUGUAUUCCUGCCUCGCGUGACUGAAUUGGCUCUUUCUGCUAGUGACAGACAAACAAAAGUGGCCGCGUGCGAGCUGCUGCACAGCGUCGUUGCCUACAUGCUGGGGAGAGCCUCGCAGAUGCCCGCAGGACGCCAGGGCCCCCCGCCCAUGUACCAGUUACACAAGCGGCUGUUCCCGGUGCUGCUGCGCCUCGCCUGCGACGUGGACCAGGGUGGCAUCACGGAUCCCGUUGACAGCACUCUGAGGGAUUUCUGUGCUCGGUGUGUGCGGGAGUUUCUGAAGUGGUCCAUCAAGCAGACGACGCCGGCGCAGCAGGAGAGCAGCCCCCUGAACACCAAGUCCCUGUUCAAACGGUUGUACAGUCUCGCUCUGCACCCCAGCGCUUGCAAGAGGCUCGGGGCAGCGCUGGCGUUCAACAGCAUCUACAGAGAAUUCAGGGAAGAGAAUUCUCUGGUGGAGCAGUUUGUAUUUGAAGCAUUGGUUGUAUUUCUGGAAAGUCUGGCCUUAACCCAUACAGAUGAGAAAUCACUAGGUACCACUCAACAAUGUUGUGAUGCUGUUAACCAUCUGAAACGCAUAAUCAAGCAGAAAGCACCUUCUCUGAAUAGAACAGCGGAACGGCGAGUACCACGGGGGUUUCCAGCUGCUAGCACAGUGUGUCUGUCGGACGUUGUCAUGUGGCUCCUGGUGCAGUGUGGGCGACCGCAGACCGAGUGCCGGCAUAAAGCCAUGGAGCUCUUCUAUGAAUUUGUCCCUUUAUUGCCAGGAAACAAGUCCCCGUCUUCCUGGCUCGCUGAUGUUCUGAAGGAAAAAGGCUUUUCUUUCCUCAUUAACAAGUUUGAGGGAGGCGGCAGGGAUGCCGAUGGGCUGUCUGGAAUCCUUUCCCAGCCAACUCUCCACGGGCUGCAGGAGCCCUUCAGCUUACGGACCGUUGUGCAGUGGAUGGACAUGUUCCUAGCAGCACUGGACUGCUACAAUACGUUCUUUGAGCUGCGGAUGAUCAAGCCUCAUGAAAUACUGGGUAUAAAUGAAAGAUCUUCAUUCUUAAAAGCUGUGCAGUUCUUCCUUGAAACCAUUGCUUUGCAUGACAUCCAGGCAGCAGAGGAGUGUUUUGAUUGCAGCUCGAAAGGCAGCAUGUUCAGUCCACAGGAAAGAGAAGUGUACAAUUACAGCAAAUGUACCAUUAUAGUCCGCAUCAUGGAGUUUGUCACCAUGAUCCUGGAAUCUUGCCAGCAGGAUUUCUGGAAGCUACUUGAGAAGGAAUUGCUUAAUGCAAGCUUUCUAGAGCUUCUGGCGAUGACUGUGUGUAAUCCACUGCAUGUAGGCUUUGACACAGCUGAUGUGCAAGUCAUGAAAAACCUCCCAGAUAUCUCAGUGAGACUCAUGAAAGCUUUGAUGAAAUCUCCCUAUAAGGAAUCCUUGAAACUAAGCAUGAAAAAAAGACUCACACCACAAAGCCUUGAGGACCUGUGUUCUGUUGCCCUGUUUAAUUCGGACGCGCGCUGUGAUCACACCAGGUACAGCGCUGUCCUUUCUGCCUGCAAGCAGCUGCAGAAGGCUGGCCUGCUGCAUUCUGUUCUUCAACAUCAGGAUGAGAUGCCUGGUUUCUCCCUGGGCUGCAGGCUGCUGUCAGCUGUGUAUAAAGGCGUUGCACCUGGAGGGGAAGGGGUCCCUCUUCCAGCCCUGGACAUCAGCAAUAAGCGGUUAGCCGAUGGGCUCCUGCAGCUGGCCCUUGCUAUUGAUGAUCAGUGUGAGGAGCUGGUGAGUCUGCUGUUGAACACAGUGAAGUUAUCUGUGCCGUUAUCAGGAGCAUCCCAGAAGGACCUGAUAAAUUUCUCCCAUGGGGAGUAUUUCUACAGUCUCUUCUCAGAAACCAUUAAUGAGCACCUGCUAAAAAACCUUGAUAUGGUCAUACUCCAGCUCAUGGAAUCGUCUGCCAGCAGUCCGCAAAUGGUUGGUAGCAUUUUGAAUGGCAUGCUCGAUCAGAGUUUUCGGGAGCGCACCGUACGCAAGCAGCAAGGAUUAAAGCUGGUUGCAGCUGUGCUAAGAAACUGGAGGAGACUCGACAGUUGGUGGGCCGAAAGUUCUACUUCUGAGAGCAAAAUGGCUGUCUUGACCCUGCUGGCAAAAGUUCUACAGAUUGAUUCUGCAGUUUCUUUCAACACAGAUCAUGAAGCAUUUACUGCUGUUUUUAAUACGUAUACUAGGCUUCUUAUUGAUCAGAAUUUGGUCUUAAAUCUUAAGAGUCAAGCAGUGAUUAUUCUUCCAUUCUUCACUAACCUAACUGGAGAAAAACUUGAUGACCUUAAGAAUGCUCUUGACCAACUUAUAGCUUUCAGUUUUCCCUUGAAGUCAGAUGAAUUUCCCAAAGGAACCUUGAAGCACAAUAACUACGUAGACUGCAUUAAGAAGUUUUUAGAUGCCUUAGAACUCUCUCAGAGUCCAAUGUUGUUGCAGUUGAUGACUGAAGUCCUUUGUAAGGACCACAAACAUUUUAUGGAGGGUUUAUUUCAGACCAGCUUCAGAAGAAUUUCCAGAAGGAGUAGCAGUGACAAGCAAGUGAUGCUGUUGGACACUGUUCACAAGAUGUUCCAGAGUGAAGAUCUUCGUUCAAAUACGACCCGCCAAGCUUACGUGGAUCGCUCCCUGCUCACUCUGUUGCUGCACUGCAGCUUGGAUGCACUGAGGGAAUUUUUUGGCAAGAUUAUUGUGCAAGCUAUGGGUAUGCUUAAUUCCAGGUUUACAAAGUCCAAUGAAUCUGUUUUUGAUACACAAGUCACCAAGAAAAUGGGGUAUUACAAGAUGCUAGAAGUGAUGUAUGUUCGUCUCUCAAAAGAGGAUGUUUACUCCAAGGACUCUAAAAUUAACCAAGCUUUCUGUGGAUCCUUAAGCACUGAAGGAAAUGAGCUGACCAAGACUCUGAUAAAAUCGUGCUAUGAUGCAUUUACAGAAAAUAUGGCAGGGGAGAGUCAGCUGCUGGAGAAGAGGAGGCAGUAUCACUGUGCAGCAUAUAAUUGUGCCAUUGCUGUUAUCAGCUGUGUCUUCACGGAGAGUAAAUUUUAUCACGGCUUUCUCUUUACAGAAAAAACAGAAAAGAACUUGCUGAUUUUUGAAAACUUGAUAGACGUGAAGCAUCAGUAUUCAUUUCCUGUAGAAAUUGAGGUGCCUUUGGAAAGGAAGACGCGGUAUAUUGCCAUUAGGAAGGAAGCCAGGGAUGCAGGGAAUGGGAAUCAAGAUGAGCCCAAGUAUUUACCUUCUGCAUCAUACAUGAUGGAUAGCAGUUUGAGUGAGGAAAUGAGCCAGUUUGACUUUUCUACUGGAGUCCAAGGGUUUUCUUAUAGCUCCCAAGAUGUUACAGCUAGCAGUGCUCGUUUCAGGAAAAAGGAGCCCACAGAAUACAUGGCUUUAGAUGACGAGACGGAACUGGAAAUGGAUGAGCUCAACCAGCAUGAAUGUAUGGCUUCUAUGACCACUCUGAUUAAACAUAUGCAGAGAAACCAGAUCACACCCAGAGUGGAGGAGGGAACAGUUCCAGUAGACCUUCCUCUUUGGAUGAAAUUUCUGCAUGGCAAGUUAGGAAACCCAUCAGUACCACUGAACAUUCGCCUCUUCAUUGCAAAACUUAUUGUUAACACUGAAGAUGUUUUCCGACCUUACGCUAAGCAGUGGCUUGGUCCAUUGCUGCAGCUUGUUGUUUCUGGGAAUAAUGGAGGUGAAGGAAUUCAUUACAUGGUAGUGGAAAUAGUAGUUACUCUCCUCUCCUGGACAAGCGUGGCCACACCCAAAGUAAGGAAAUGUGAAAUUAAUUUUUUGAUGAAGAACGCCUUUCACCAAAAAAGAGCUGUGUUUAGACACAAUCUGGAAAUCAUAAAGACAGUUGUAGAGUGCUGGAAGAACUGUCUCUCCAUACCUUACAGCUUAAUAUUUGAAAAGUUUUCUGGUGGCGAUCCCAAUACGAAGGAUAACUCUGUGGGAAUCCAGCUUCUGGGCAUUGUUCUUGCCAAUGAUUUACCUCCCUUUGACCCAAAGUGUGAAAUAGAUCGUGUCAGUUACUUUCAGGCUUUGACCAGUAACAUGGGCUUACUAAAGUAUAAAGAAGUUUAUGCAGCUGCAGCAGAAGUGUUGGGGCUCGCUCUUCACUACAUUGCUGAGAGAAAAGAUGUACUUGAAGAUCCAGUUUAUGACUGUGUCAUAAAGCAGUUAAAACAUCAUCAGAACACCCAACAGGAUAAGUUUAUUCAGUGCUUGAGUAAAGUGGUUAAGAGCUUUCCUCCUCUUGCUGACAGGUUUAUGAAUGCAGUAUUAUUUCUGAUACCCAAACUUCACGGUGUGAUGAAAACAUACUGUCUGGAAGUAAUAAUGUGCCGGGCAGAGGAAAUACCUGAUCUCCACUUGCAUUUAAAGAGUAAAGACUUCAUCCAGAUUAUGAAUCACAGAGAUGAUGAAAGGCAAAGGGUGUGCUUGGAUAUAGUGUACAAAAUGCUGCCUAAGCUAAAACCACUUGAACUUAAAGAACUUCUUCCUGGAGUAACAGGGUUCAUCUCUCACCCUUCCGUAAUAUGUCGACAGCGCAUGUAUGACAUUCUGAUGUGGAUUUAUGAUAACUACAGUGAUCCAGAAAGCCAAGCAGAUGGUGAUUCUCAAGAAGUCCUCAGGCUGGCAAAAGAAAUCCUCCUUCAAGGACUGACUGAUGAGAACGCUGAACUGCAAUUAAUUGUUAGGAAUUUUUGGAGUGAUGAGGCAAGGUUACCUGCAAAUAUUCUUGAUCGCAUGCUGGCGUUGUUAAGUUCAUUAUACUCCCCCAAGAUAGAAACUCAGUACUUGAGUCUGAUCACAAAUUUUCUACUUGAAAUGACCAGCAAGAGCCCAGAUUAUUCCAGAAAAAUGUUUGAGCAUCCACUUUCUGAAUGCAAAUUUCAGGACUUCCUCGUUGACGCCAGCUGGCGGUACCGCAGCACGGUGCUCACCCCAAUGUUUGUGGAGACUCCAGCUUCUCAGAGCACCCCCAGGAGUUUGGCACAGGAAAGAUCCCUCUCGACACCUGGGUCGGUAGGUGGUCGAGUGAGGGCUACACAACAGCAAAAUGAGUUUACACCUACACAGAAUAUCAGUGGUAGAAGUUCUUUUAAUUGGCUAACUGGAAACAGCAUAGACACAUUAGCAGACUACAUGGUUCCUUCAUCCUCUGAAUCCCUGUCUUCGUCCAUGCUCUUAGUUAGCAAGCGGAGUGAAAAAUUCAAACAAGGAGCCUUUAAACCAGUGGGGCCCAAUUUUGGGAAAAAAAGGUUGGGUUUGCCUGGAGAUGAGGUGGACAGCAAAACUAAAGGUAUAGAUGAACGGACAGAAAUUCUAAGGCUGCGGAGGCGUUUCUUGAAGGACCAAGAGAAACUCAGUCUGAUUUAUGCAAGAAAAGGUGUGGCUGAACAGAAACGAGAAAAGGAGAUGAAAUCUGAGCUGAAGAUGAAGCAUGAUGCCCAGGUUAUUUUGUACAGAAGUUACCGAGUAGGAGACCUUCCUGACAUCCAGAUCGAAUACAGCAGUCUCAUUGCCCCUCUGCAGGGCCUUGCCCAGAAAGAUCCAACAUUUGCCAAGCAGCUUUUCAGCAGUUUGUUUACCGGAAUUAUGCAUGAAGUCGAAAAAUCUAAAACUCCUUCUGAGAAGAAAAUCAUCAUCCAGAAUCUGCUGAAGGACUUCAAUCAUUUCCUGGAUAUGAGUGUGUCCUAUUUCCCACCAUUCAUUGCAUGCAUCCAGGAGAUGAGCUGCGAGCACCGCGAGCUGCUGGAGCUGGAGGCGGGCGCCUUUGAUUUUACUAGACUCUACCGAUCUCUUGGAGAUUAUGAUGUCCUUCGUGGCAUUUUCAGUGGUAAGAUUGGCACUAAGGAAAUCACACAGAAAGCAUUGUUGGCGGAAGCAAGAAGCGAUUAUGCUGAAGCAGCUAAAUAUUAUGAUGAGGCCCUCUCUAAUGAAGACUGGCCCGAUGGGGAGCCGACGGAGGCAGAGAAGGACUUCUGGGAACUCGCCUCGCUCGAGUGCUACGAUCACCUGACGCAGUGGAAGUCCCUGGAGCACUGCGCGACGCUGAACAUCGACAGCGGGGAACCUCCGGACCUCAACAAAAUCUGGAAUGAUCCCUUCUACCAGGAGACAUAUCUGCCAUAUAUAAUCCGCAGUAAGUUGAAGCUGCUGCUCAAUGGGGAGAAUGACCAGACUUUGCUGACUUUUAUUGACGAGGCAAUGAAGUCGGAAGAGAAGAAAGCUCUGAUAGAAAUGCGUUACAGCCAGGAGCUUAGUCUCCUUUACAUCCUGCAAGAUGAUUUUGACAGAGCCAAAUACUACAUAAGCAAUGGCUUGCAGAUCUUCAUGCAGAGCUAUUCCAGUAUUGAUACUUUGUUACAUCAAAGUCGAAUGACCAAACUGCAGUCUGUGCAAACUUUGACAGAAAUACAGGAUUUCAUCAAUUUUAUGGGCAAAACAAGUAACUUAACUUCACGGACUUCCCUUAAGAGACUUCUUAGAAUCUGGACAAGCAGAUAUCCAGAUGCUAAAAUGGAUCCUGUGAACAUCUGGGAUGAUAUCAUUACAAAUCGGUGUUUCUUUCUUGACAAACUGCAGGAGAAGCUUCCUAGUGAUCAGGCCAAUGAUAGUAUGGAAGUGGAUGAUGAAUAUGGUACUGGUGACCAAAUGGAAGUGGAUCAACAGGAUGAAGACAUUUCCUCAAUGAUAAAAAACUGCAAAUUUAACAUGAAAAUGAAGAUGAUAGAAAGUGCCAGGAAACAGAACUGCUUCUCCAUUGCCAAGAAACUUCUGAGAUGCCUGCAGAGAGAGGCCCGAGGCCAAGGCGACUGGCUGGUGAGGUGGAAUCACGCCUAUUGCCGCUUCACCCACAGCCUGUGCCGGGCUCAGAGCUGUCCUGAACAAGUGCUCUCCAUGUUAAAAACUGUGUCCCUACUCGAAGACACCAAACCUGACUACCUAAGCAAGAAAACAACGGCCUUCCGAAACCAGAACCUCCUGCUGGGUACCACUUACCGCGUGAUGGCCAGCGCCCUUAGUCGAGAUCCAACGUGCCUUGAGCAAGUCAAGGAAGAAGGAGCUAGAAAAGUGGCAGUUCUGUCGGGGGAGAGUCUUCAGAGUCCUGAAAAGGUGUUAGCAGGGCUGAACAAGAGGGCCUUGCAGUGUUUCAGCAGUGCUGUGAGGAGGUGUGAAGAGGAGGUGCAGUCGCACUCUGCGGAACACGUGGACGUUGCUGGCGUCGUCGAUGCCUACAUGACCUUGGUCGGGUUCUGUGACGAGCAUCUCCGCAAGGAAGAAGAAGGCUUGAUUGAAAUCAACCCUGCAGAUCUGCAGCUAUUCCCAGCUAUUGUGGUGGAGCAAAUGAUAAAAGCUCUAAAACUGAACUCCAGAGAAGCCAGGCUGAGAUUUCCUAGACUGCUGCAAAUAAUAGAAAAGUACCCAGCGGAGACAUUGGGUCUAGCCACACGGGAGCUUUCCUCAGUUCCCUGUUGGCAGUUCAUUGGUUGGAUUAGCCAGAUGAUGGCACUGCUUGACAAGGAUGAAGCAACAGCUGUGCAGCACACUGUGGAAGAGAUUGCAAAUACCUAUCCCCAGGCCAUCAUCUACCCCUUCAUGAUCAGCAGUGAGAGUUACUCGUUCACAGAUACUGCAGCUGGCUGCAGGAACAAGGAGUUUGUGGAAAGGAUCAAGGAAAAGCUGGACAGAGGAGGGGUAGUUCAAGAUUUUGUCCGCUCCCUCGAACAGCUCUCCAAUCCCAUGCUCCUUUUUAAGGAUUGGACUGAAGAUGUCAAAAAUGAGUUACAAACUCAGAGGAAUAAAAAUAAGCUUCAAAAAAUGUAUGAAGAAAUGUAUAGGAAUUUGGGAGAUUUAGAAGCUCCUGGCCUUGGAUUGCUGAGGAGAAGGUUUAUUCAGGCUUUUGGGAAGGAAUUUGACCGCGAAUUUGGAAAACAUGGUUCAAAACUGUUGGAUAUGAAGCACAGUGAUUUUCAAGCAAUUACAAAUGCUCUCCUCUCAAAAAUGACCAAAAGCAAUAAAGAACCUGGAAACCUGAAGGAAUGUUCACCGUGGAUGAGUGAAUUCAAAGCUGAGUUCUUGAGAAAUGAAAUAGAAGUUCCUGGUCAAUAUGAUGGGAAAGGAAAACCACUGCCAGAAUACCAUGUGAGAAUAUCUGGAUUUGAUGAACAGAUAAAAGUAAUGGCAUCCCUGAGGAAACCAAAACGGAUAACGAUCCGAGGCAGUGAUGAGCAGGAGUACCCUUUUCUUGUCAAAGGUGGUGAAGACUUGAGGCAAGACCAGCGCAUUCAACAGCUUUUUGAUGUAAUGAACAUUAUCCUUUCCCAAGAUGCUGCCUGCAGCCAAAGGAAUAUGCAAUUAAAAACAUACCAGGUCAUACCCAUGACUACAAGGCUGGGACUCAUCAAGUGGUUGGAAAAUACCUGUACUUUAAGAGAAUUCCUUCAAAAUAGCAUGACUGAAGAGGAAGACUUCAACUAUAACGGCUCAAGAGGACCUCGUGCUACCUACAGCGAAUGGCUGUCCAAGAUGGGGGGCAAAACGCAAGGCCUCCUUCGAUACCAGUUUAUGUACAAAAACGCUAGCCGUACAGAAGCGGUGAUGGCUUUCAAAAGCAGGGAGAGCAGCGUGCCAGAGGACCUGCUCCGGAGAGCCUUCAUUAAGAUGAGCACCGCUCCACAAGCCUUCCUGUCGCUGCGGUCCCACUUCGCCAGCUCCCAUGCACUGAUGUGCAUCAGCCACUGGAUCCUGGGCAUUGGGGACAGACACCUCUCCAACUUCAUGAUCAACAAAGAGACAGGCGGCAUGGUGGGGAUAGAUUUUGGAUAUGCAUUUGGUUCAGCUACACAGUUUCUGCCGGUGCCGGAGCUGAUGCCUUUCCGUCUGACUCGCCAGUUUGUUAAUCUGAUGAUGCCAGUGAAAGAGGAGGGACUCAUUUACAGUGUGAUGGUUCAUGCCCUAAGAGCUUAUCGUGCCGACCCAGACCUCCUCAUCAGCACCAUGGAUGUGUUUGUGAAAGAGCCUUCCCUAGACUGGAAGAACUUUGAACAGAAGCAGCUGAGAAAAGGAGGCACAUGGAUUCAGGAAAUAAACACAUCAGAAGUAAACUGGUACCCUCUGCAGAAAGUCAAAUACGUCCAAAGAAAACUUAUGGGCUGCAAUCCAGGAAGAAUCACUUGCGAUGAGCUGCGGCUGGGCUUUGAGAAGUCUCCUUCCUUCCAGGACUACGUGGCGGUGGCGCGCGGCAGCCCCGCGCACAACGUCAGGGCCCGGGAGGCGGACGACGGCCUUUCGGAGGAGACCCAAGUGAAGUGUCUCCUUGACCAGGCCACCGACCCCAACGUUCUGGGCAGGACCUGGGAGGGAUGGGACGCCUGGAUGUGA